AUGCCGACGAGAACGAGUCACGGCCAAGAUAUUGCGCACAGCACAAGGUUGUCUGGUGCUAGGAUGUUCUUGCAGCUGAGUCUGCUGAUCGGUUCGAUCUUCAAGGAGCCUCACCAUGUCGACGUUCGCCACCGACAUGUCAAUGUUGUUGCGACUCUGAACCCGACAAGGGAUUGUUUGCUCGGACCUCCUCGCCCAAGACUCGCUAUUGCUCACUGCACAGAACAUCUUCAAUGGUUGAUGUUCAGAGCAAGAGAUGUUGCGAAGAGGGUUGCCAAGAGCGAUGCAGAUUCCAAGAAAGGGUUUUGCUCGGCGCAUCGCAAGCCUGGAUACGUCGAUCUGUUUCACAAGAAGUGUAUGCACCCGGAGGGCUGCUUGAGGAUCGCUGCUUACACCAUUCCCGGAUGUUUGAACAGACCUGUGUUUUCAUGGUCACGCAACGAAACCGCCACCCAUUGCAAGCUGCACAGGCAAAGAGUGUGGAACAGAGUUAAAGUGUGUGAUGAAAUGCCUAGACGUCCAGAACAGAUUCAGAAGCGAUCUCGCGUGUGCUACGCUGACGGCUGUUGCAAACAGCCGACGUUCGGCAACACCUCUGACCCUGUUCCUGUCGCCUGCAAGUUUCAUCGUCUGCCGCAUCAUAUCGACGUUGUCAACAAGAGAUGUCAAUUCCAAGGUCCCGAGGUUGUCUCCGCCGGCCAAGUUUUGGCCAAGAGAGCACACGGAUCCCAGCACGUGGACCUGCGGCAUGCGAAGUGUCGUAGCCCUGAAGUCUGCAGCCGCUUAGCCACCUACGGCUUCCUCCAGGACGGCAUCGCAAGAUUCUGCGCGCAUGAGAGCAACAUGGUCUGCUUGCCCAAGUACAAGUGCGACAUCGUUGCUUGCACAAACAAACCCAACUUCAAGAAACCAUUGUUUUCUGGGAACGAUCGAUUUUUAUUGUGCAAGUCGCAUUACGCAGACUUCUUGCAAGGCCGUGUGGACGAGUCGCACACGCGAUAUCAGAGCGUGUCUAGCUCAGCGUCUCAAGAGCCUCUGACUUGA